AAAUCGCGAGUUUUAGUUGGCUCCGAUAUUUACCACGAAAACCAAUUUUGCGAUUGUGAAAAGCGGCUUUACUUCGUUUGGUGGAAGCAUUUUUGGGGCAGCGUUUCAAUAAGCUAUUUGCUAGCAAAUUCGCAUAAUGUCGCAAGAAGUGGAAGAAACUCUCAAGCGGAUUCAAUCGCACAAAGGUGUCGUCGGAACGAUUGUGGUUAACAAUGAAGGCAUUCCCGUGAAAAGCACUCUCGACAACACGUCCACCGUUCAGUACGCUGGGCUGAUGAGCCAGCUGUCCGAUAAGGCACGGUCGGUGGUGCGCGAUUUGGAUCCUUCGAACGAUCUGUCCUUCCUGCGGGUGCGCUCGAAGAAGCACGAAAUUAUGGUCGCGCCCGACAAGGACUUCCUGCUGAUCGUCAUACAGAACCCGACGGAUUGAGCUCGAAUGCGUGAAAGUGAGACAGCUUGUGCUUUAUUUGUUCUAAUUUUAUCAGUUUGCCUUUCGGGCCCGCGGUGAACGUAGAAAUGGGCCCGAGAAUUGGUGCUCAACGCACUACGAGUAAAUUAUAACGAAACAGGAGUGCAUAGGACCCGGAUGGGUUAGUCGUGAUGAGUGCAGCGUGCAAAUGGAGUUAAAUUAUUGAUCCGUUGUAGACCACUAAGGGCUUAAACAAUACAACUUCCUGGGUUUGUCAAGUUUUUUGAUUUAUUUUUCUCUCGUCAUAUAAACCUUCAGCAAAAUGCAAACACAAUGAACAAGUUCAAGUUCUUUUAAUACUCCGGAGUGUGCAAAAGUCGUUCCGAAUCCGUAGCAACGGUUCCUUCCUUCAAUCGUUCGGUGCUAUCUAUCCGUUACACGCUAUUUCAUCUACGAGAACUGGACCAUAAAAACACGAAAUUAAAGAAGUUGCUACGAAAGGAGGCAUUCAAUAAAUGUGCCUCAUAAAACCUACACAUGAUUUGAACGGUCAGUACGGCUGUUGAUGUGAUGUCCGAUAUCGAAACGAAGCGGCGCUCUCACUACUCACCGGGACUACUUAAACAUUGGGGUAAAUUUAUUGUUUCUUCUACUGACUUACGUUUUCUUAAGGGUUAUUGUUUGAUCAAUAAAUUGGUCCAAUUUUCUGGUACAUCUGGUACUCUG